AUGCCGGACAUCGAUAUACAAGACGGUCCAUCCGACUUUGAAACAAACUCUCCUACAGACUCUGCGCCUUCAGCUGGUUACUAUCACACACCCAAUUUACCACACUCGUCCACUGCUGGGAUCGGGAAGAGGAGGAAGAACUCCAAGAUCAAGAUGAGCCCUAUACUCAAGCGAGCCUCUUCUACACCGCAGUUGCAUGGGCUCUCUGUCGAGGAGGCAGGUGGAUUGUCGCCUUCUGCCUUGGACAAGAGAAGGAACAAACUAGGCUACCAGCGCAUAUCAAUUGCAUGUUCUCACUGCAGACGAAGAAAAAUUCGAUGUGUCCUUGCAGAAGCUGAUGAUAUGGGACGAUGCAACAAUUGCAUUCGACUGAAGAAGGAAUGUGUUUUCUAUCCCGUUGAUUCAGCAGGAGGCCCAGAAAGUCGCGCGCAAACCAAAGGAUCCAAGGAUUCGUCAGUGAUCUCGAACUCGCCAUCAGAGAUGCAUCCUCCUGCUACAAAACUUGAACACGAUCGUGAGAUGAGUCGUUUCCCUCAUCUUGCAUCCAAUGCGCCCACAGAGUAUGGCUCAGUUGACCCCAGCACUGGACUCGGGAUCUCCACAGGCACACCAGUAGCAUCCGAAUUUGCAUUUGCACGCCCUGGCUACCCUGCCAUUUAUGCAGGUGAUGUCUCAGGGACAGAACCUCCGACUCCCGUGCAUUGGAGUUCGUCACAGAUGGGCGAAUACUCGAAUUACUCUAGCACCACCGCUGAGCACUCUCCAAACGUAUACCCUUCUUUCUCGUUCCCACCACAGAGGGACGAUUACGCCAUGCAGCAACCUCCAAUGCGUUCCAUGUCUUACGGCCACAUCGAGCCUCAGUUACAAAGCUUUGCGCCAUCUGUCACUCCGAUUGAAUACACAAGACCGGGCUCCUCACAUUACAAUCUCGCGCCUAUGGACACUGGGGCAACGCCAGUCUGUACCAUUUCAGAAACAUCCAUGACGACCCCCGUUACCAGCGAGCCCACGAUGACUCCCAUCGGCAUGUACCCUCCACAAUGGGGCUUCUAUCCACAACAGCAACAACCGCCCAUGGGCAUGGACUACUCGUCAAGACAUGAUUCUCUCCCCACCCAGUGGUACCACCCUCAACAUCUUGGACCUACCAUGAUUGAGCAUGAACUACAUCAUCAACAUCAGCACCCUAUGUCACAGGCCCCAGGAGGCGCAUAUGCUAAAAGAUCUUAG